AUGCCCAAUUAUUAUAAUAAUAGAUCCCUCAAUAACAACAACAACAAUAAUUUAAAUAAUCUUGCAUCAUCUACAACUUCUACUUUGACAGCACAAUCAUCAUCUGCAACUCUUUCAACUCCACCUGCUGCUACCAACGACUCUACCAGCAAUUUGAAUAGCAAUACCUCUUCCUCUGUCACUCCUUCUUCAAACGAUAGUGCUUCUGACAUAAAAUCAUCACCAACAAUGAAUACGAUACCUCCACCAAAUCUCUCUGUCUACAACAAAGAAGGAAUGGCGCCGCCAUCCCCAUCCUUAUCCGCGACUAAAUUGCCACCUUACGAAAAAUCAAAUUCAUUGGCUUCAACUACCCCACCUCCAGAGGCACUUAUCUCACCUCCACCUUAUCGUGGACUUCAUCCAUCCCAUAUUCCUCAUCAUUUUCAAAGUAACUUUGUUGAUCCUUACAACUAUAAUUAUGAAGAAAAAUUAUAA